ACCUGCACCUGACUACCAUAUAAACUUACAAAAACCAAGUUUGAAACCCAGGGGCAGAGUAACGAACCCUCCCUCCCUCCCUCUCCGAUGCUUCAGCAUGCCCCUAAAAGACCACUGUAUGUGCCCUUACAAAAUAUCUUAACAAAAUCCCAGCACCAAAAUCCAAUAAUAAAAACCCAAUCUUUGUCUCAAGAAGGCACCAUAACCCCACAAAAUCCACCAAACCGAUUUUGUUCUGAAAAGAAGUAUGGGCACAUAUGUGACCUCCUUUUGUCACAAACUCGCUCAAGGUCUCUGUUAAAGGGCCAACAAAUUCAUGCCCAUAUAAUAAAAUCUGGCCUACAAGUAAUCCCUCUCGUUUGCCAUUACCUUAUCAACUUUUAUUCGAAGACACAGCUGCCCCUUCUUUCCAGCCAAGUUUUCGAAGAGAGUGAAAGAAAAUCAUCGACUACUUGGAGCUCUGUUAUAUCCUCAUUUGCACAGAAUGAGGAACCGGUGCUUGCCAUUCAGUACUUUUGUCGGAUGAUUGGCGAAAAUCUAUGCCCUGAUGAUCAUAUCUUUCCCAGUGCUACUAAAGCGUGUGCGAUUUUGGGGAGAUGUGAUGUUGGGAAAUCUGUGCAUUGUCUGGUUAUUAAAACUGGGUAUGAUGUUGAUGUGUUUGUUGGGAGUUCUUUGGUUGAUAUGUAUGCCAAGUGUGGGGAUAUUAAGGAAGCGAGGAAUGUGUUUGAUGAAAUGCCGCAUAGGAAUGUGGUUUCUUGGAGUGGGAUGAUUUAUGGGUAUACUCAAUUGGGUGAACAUGAGGAGGCUAUGAGGUUGUUUAAAGAGGCUUUAUUAGAAGGUUUAGAUGUGAAUGAUUUUACGCUUUCAAGUGUAAUUAGGGUGUGUGGUAGUGCUACAUUGCUUGAACUUGGGAAGCAAAUACAUGGGUUGUGUUUCAAAACGAGUUAUGAUUUGUCGGGUUUCGUAGGUAGUUCUUUGAUUUCCUUGUAUUCGAAGUGUGGUCUUAUUGAAGGAGCUUAUAGGGUUUUUGAUGAGGUGCCUAUUAAGAAUCUUGGAAUGUGGAAUGCUAUGCUGAUCGCUUGUGCUCAACAUGCACAUACGAAGGAAGCAUUUGAUUUGUUUACGAAGAUGGAAAAUGCUGGGAUGAGACCAAAUUUUAUUACCUUUUUAUGUGUGCUUUACGCUUGUAGCCAUGCAGGGUUAGUUGAAGAAGGAAAGAAAUAUUUUGCACUCAUGAAGAAGUAUGAGAUUGAGCCAGGGACCCAACAUUAUGCUUCUAUGGUGGACUUACUUGGCCGUGCUGGAAAAUUGCAGGAAGCACUUUCGGUUAUCAAGGGAAUGCCUACAGAACCAACAGAAUCUGUGUGGGGAGCUUUCAUAACAGGGUGUCGCAUUCAUGGGAACACUGACUUGGCAGCCUUUGCAGCUGAUAAAGUCUUUGAGUUGGGUGCUGUAAGUUCAGGUUUGCAUGUGAUGUUAUCGAAUGCUUAUGCAGCUGCUGGAAGGUAUGAGGAUGCAGCCAAAGCUAGAAAGAUGCUUAGGGACCGAGGGGUGAAGAAGGAAACUGGAUUGAGUUGGAUCGAGGAGGGAAAUAGAGUUCACAAAUUUGCAGCAGGGGAUAGGUUUCAUGUCAGAAUGAAAGAAAUUUACCAGAAAUUGGAGGACUUGGGAGAGGAAAUGGAGAGAGCUGGUUAUGUUGCAGACACAAGUUUUGUGCUGCGAGAGGUGGGUAGUGAAGAGAAAAACCAGACCAUUAGGUACCAUAGUGAAAGACUGGCCAUUGCAUUUGGGCUCAUUUCCAUCCCACUUGGCAGGCCAAUCAGGAUUAUGAAGAACUUGCGAGUUUGCGGUGAUUGUCAUAAUGCAAUCAAGUUUAUUUCCAAACUCUCUGGGAGAGUAAUCAUUGUGAGAGAUAACAACCGGUUCCAUCGUUUUGAAGAUGGAAAAUGCUCUUGUGCUGACUAUUGGUGACUGAAUUGUAAGAGAUUCGUUUGGCCUUACUAGAAUGUAUUUCACAUGUAACCAUUUGGAAGACAACAAAACAAGGUGAAGAUACAUAAAAGGCACCUAAAGGUGCUCCUUUUGGCAGGAGGAAGCCCUUUUUCUGUCAUUAACCUAGUCUGCGGGCUUGGAGUCGAGGAGCAGGAACUCUGGUUUAUUAAGCGAUUGAAAAGAGGUGUUACGUUUCUGAUUCCUCAUCCUACCAGGGGUGAUCCACUGGUGUGUGAUGGUACAAGCAGAAGCAAUGCGGCACUGCUUUGUUGUCUAUUUAGACAGUGUUCGUUACUGAUUCGAGAUGAAAAGAGAUGGAAAUGAUUGGAACAGAGAAGAUAGGUUUUCUUGUAUAUAUCUCAAACAAUUCCAGAAAUAGAUUUAUUUUUAUUUCCCAAAUAAAAUCUGUAUUUAUCUCUUU